AUGGCGUCUGAGAAUGAAAUAGCUAUUGUGGGUAUAGGAUGCAACUUUCCUGGAGGUAAGUCUUUGAGGGGGGGGGAGUGAUAUAAGAAAGUUAUCCAUGUUUCUUUCACUCUUUUUAUUGUUCUAUGGCAUAAAGCUUUCUCGUGAUUUAAAGUAAGAGUAAACUAAGAACUCAGCACUAGUUAUUGAGAGAUACCAAUACAGUGGUACCUCGGGUUACAUACACUUCAGGUAACAUACGCUUCAGGUUACACACUCCGCUAACCCAGAAAUAGUGUUUCAGGUUAAGAACUUUGCUUCAGGAUAAGAACAGAAAUCGUGCUCCGGCAGCGCAGCAGCAGCAGGAGGCCCCAUUAGCUAAAGUGGUGCUUCAAGUUAAGAACAGUUUCAGGUUAAGAACGGACCUCCGGAACGAAUUAAGUACUUAACCUGAGGUACCACUGUAUUUAAACUCUUGCUAGAAAUAUUUUCAAUAUGUCCCUGUCAUGAACAUGGAGAAGUGAAUGUCUGUGAUAUUGUGAAGUCCACUGCAAAUUCAGGUUUGUUACAUGACAAAUCUUGGAAUUUUGCAUCUCAUCAAUACUCUUUAAAUGUAUGAUCUAACUUCCACAACAAGCAGAAUAGCACAUAUCAAUUUAAUUAUGUAUUUUGCCUUCCUGAACUUGGAAUAUGCUAACCUAAACCUUAUGCCUUCACAACUAGAUGGCUCUCAUCUGCGAGAUGCCAUCCAAACAAAUAUGGUAGCAGCUGAAUGCAAUUUUCAUAGGAACAUCAUGCAGAAAAAUUACAGACAGUAUGAUGAGAUUAUGUGAUUUAGGAAAAGGUCCAAUUUUCUAUGAAAUUUGACAUUUUGUAGCACUUGAAAUGCAAAUUUAAUUUGUAUCGCAUUUCGAAAGUUGGAUUUCUCAUGUAAGUUCAGAUAAACUGAACAAGACAGGUUUGACAUUUUGAAAAUGGAAACAGUAUAUUUUAAUACAUCUAAAAAUGUAUAUUUAAAUCUUCAUGCAACAGGUGAAGGAAUUGACAGUUUUUGGAAAGUGUUAGAGAAUGGCAGAAACUGCACUACAGAAAUACCUCCAGAAAGAUUUAACAUUAGAGAGUGGUAUGAUCCAGGUGACGACAAACCAGGUAAAAUACGUACAACUCGUGCUGCUCUUCUUGAUGAGUAAGUCAUAUAUUUUGCUAAUAAAUCCUUCAGACUUUCUAAACUUGCACAUUUCCCCCUUGAAAUGACUCGCUGGUGUAAUAUGUGUUAUUAUAUGAACCUUUCAAAAUAUCUCUUAAAACUAACAAGCUGCGUUAUAAUGAAUGCAUUUCCACACUAUGGUAGCUGCUUUGGGUGCAAAUCUUAUGCUGAAAUUGUACACUAUAUGAACUUCACAAAAAAAGGUGAUGCCAUCAUAAUACUAAUGUCCCUCCACAUUCUGCUCAUCAGCUACAAUUUCGAGUGUGGGUAUUAAUCUCUUUUCCAACUACAUGAUCGGAAGGCCUUGAGGGCAGGACCCGUGCUGAGGUGGUGUUGGUGAGCAGCAUGAACAGAGGCACAUUUUAAGCCUCUUUGAGUUCUUUUUUUUCUGAAAAAGUGACUAGUUAAUAAUCGCCACAACAAUAAUAAAUUCAUUAUUAUCAUUAUUAUUUCCUUACACUUUAUACCCCACCUUCCAUCAUGGAAUCCAAGUUCCAGGCAUUCACCAACCCAGGUACAUCUGGACCUGCUUAGCUUCAGUAAGGAGAUGUCCCUAAGUGCCUUCAGACCAGAUGUUGUCUCUAUGCUCCUCCAAAUGUCCCAUAAAUCACAGCCAGUGUGCCCAACAAAUGCCUCAUUCUUUUUUUUUUAAAUGAUAUUUAUUGAGAAUUUAAAAUUACAGAAAGAGAAAGGAAAAAACAAGAAAAAAGAAAAGGAAAAAGGUAGACAAAAAGAGAGAUUAAACAAUAUAAGUCAAUAAAAACAAAAGUCAAAAACAAAACAAAACACACAAUACAUCAGAAUCUAAAAACAAAAAUAAACAAAAAAUUUAAAAGCAAAUCCAAUAUUCCCAAAUCUUUAUCUUUCAUUAACUUGUUUCAUCCACCUCCUCACACCUCCCUUUUUUGUAUUCUAGUUAUUAAUUAUCUCAGCAAAUCCUUUCCAUCUUUCACAAUAUUCUGUCAUCAAAUUACCUUAAUCUAUUUUAACCUUAUCUUACCAUAAAAACCCUAAAGCUUAAAACUUAAAUCUUAUUUAUACCUAAUUCUUUUUAACAAAACAUAUUUAUACAUAAUUCUUUUUAACAUUUCUACUAAAGCCAAAUAGUUUCAUUCCAACAUUUUUCUAAUACUCAUUAAUUUUACAAUGAUUUUCUAAAUGAAUUUUUAAAACUUUCUUCCAAUCUUCAUCCGUCGUCUCUUCUUCCUGGUCUCGGGUUUUGUCAGUCCUUUCUGUCCCAUCCAUCUAGUCCAUCAACCUGGUGACCUUCUAUCCGAGGCUCUUAAGUCUUUUCCAUGUCCCUUCUGCAGGUCUUCUUCAUGUUUAUACCUGCACUUUACUUUAUCUUCUGCUGAUCUUAUUCUUAAUUUCCUUCCUUUCUAUCGGGGAGACUCCAACUUGACAAUAUCUUUAUCCCUUCUCAACAAGUCAGCCCAUUCUCCAUAGUCGACACUGGAAUCCAAAAGAUAUUUGAAAGCAUGUUUCAAAGUCCCUCCAAGGUUAAGGGCCCCCACAACUCCAAACUCCCCCGGCCCAAAGCCAGAUCCGAAAAGUCAAAACAUCCCUGCAUAGGGGGAUCUAUCCAACUUCCCAUCUCCAGACCAAACAGUACUCCAUCUCUCCAAAUCUGACUUUCUCCAGGUUCAGUCAUCAAAAACAGCAACUUAUGUUCCUGCAAGGCCGCAGCUCUCUCCAUUUCUGGUACUUGAGGUUCAGCAACUACCUCCUCCUUUAUCUUCUUCACCACUUGCUCUGUCAAAGCACAUUCCUGGAUUAAUUCCUGAGUGGUUUGUAUAUAAGUAUUCACCGUUUGUCCAAAAUUUCCAACUGCAACAGUCAUCAAAUCCAUCUUCUCAUGUAGCUGUUCCAGUAAAGCACUUGUCUUGCAAAAAGCAAGCACUAAAGCUUCUUCUGGGCACAUUCUUGUUCAAGGUCGGUGUCUAGUUCCCACGAUCUUUUAUCUCUACAGCUGUAGAAUUCCCCAGAUCGACUCCAGCAACAGUUUCACAAGCUCCCUCUAGAGGAAAAAAUUUCUAUUUGUAUCCGUCUUUUUAAAAGCAGAUCUAGCAACAAAAUUCCUUUCGUUUUCCAGAUAUUUUGUUCCUUUUAAGUGCAAAAGGGAACAUUGGAAUCAAUAUGUUUCUCUUUUUUAACUAUCUGUCAAAAACGUUUUAUCCACAGUCAAUGAACUUCCCCAAAGUGUCUGUCUCUGACACCCCGCUCCUAGGAUCGAGACGGUGGAAAUUUAUCUUUCUUUACUCUCUCUUCUGCAGGUUUAAACAGUCUAAAAAGAUCCCCCCCCCCUUCUCCUGCUUCCAAGGGGGGGGUUUAGUGAUUUUAGCUGAUGGAAAUUUAGUCCUUUACAAACGACUUUCCAGACUCUAGCUUGCAAUGUCUUUGCUUCAAUCUAUUUACAAAAGCGGAAGGCGGACUUCCUGUUUAGACCUUCCCGCUUCGGUACCAAAUUAAAAAGUUUCUUAAUCCAAUUUUCCGUUCUACUCACGGGCAGUUGUUUAAAAUCCAAUUGUCCACAGGAAAAAGUCAGCGCUCUCCGGCAACAGCAAUGCGGCUUCACUCCGUGAAAAGAGCAGUCGAUUCGAAGCACCGCGCCAUUCACCCCACGUCGCUCCGGAUCCCCGAAAUCGGGUUUCCCCGCGAGUAGGGGAGGCGCAAAAGGUGCCAGCUGAAUCCCACGUCCACAGGCUUCUCCCGCCUGUGGUUUUUAGUGGGUCUCCGCCUCGCCGCGGCGGUCCAGACCCUAGUUCUCACGAAGCGGAUUCCUCCUGGUCAGAGGAAAUCCGCUAUUGCCGGAGGCGCUAACCCGGAAGUCCAACAAAUGCCUCAUUCUUGCUUCAGAUCUUGCCCUGGGACUAAGGCAGCUAUAACUCAUUUUAGCACUGUUGUCUCCCACAUGAGAGUUAUCCUUAUUCCCAGUGCUCUUUUUCUAGAAAAAGAGGUGGUGGAACUCACUAUGAACACCUCUCUUGUCCUCUUAUAAUGGCAAUGGCGCCCACCUGAGUGCCAAACUGAGUUCCAGUGAGUUCUGGUGAGGGAGGGGGAGCCCUGAUUAUACUGCAGUGCAGCUUUUCCUGGUGCAACAGUUUCAAGCCAUGGUGUUUCACUGGUAUUUCCACCAGCUUCAUACACUGGUACCUUGGUUUAAGAACAGCUUAGUUUAUGAACAACUUGGAUUUAGAAUGCUGCAAACCUGGAAGGUGUUUUGGUUUGUGAACUUUGCCUUGGAAGCAGAACAUGUUCUGCUUCCCGUUGAGUGUGUUUCAUUUGUAAAUUGAGUCCCUGCUGCUAUGGGAAAGCACACCUUGGUUUAAGAACAGACUAAGGUACCACUGUCCUAUUUGCUGUGUCCUAUCUUGACAAUUUAUGUGCUGGAAGCUGUACGCCGGCUCCCUCGGCCAAUAAAGCGAGAUGAGCGCCGCAACCGCAGAGUCGGUGACGACUGGACCUAAUGGUCAGGGGUCCCUUUACCUUUACCUUACAACAUGUAGUAUUAGGCUUCAAUGAAUUUUAAGUAUAUCUUAUCAGAGCAUGUUGGAUUAAGCAGUAUGUGAAUCACACCAUAUAUCAUGUCAUACCUCCAUUUAAUUUUUUUAGAUUGAAUGCAUUCGAUAACAAGCUGUUUGGCAUCAGCAAUGAGGAAGCUGAGCGUAUGGAUCCUCAGCAAAAGUUACUCAUGGAAUGUACCUACAGAGCGCUGGAAGAUGCAGGAGUCACUCCUGAAAACAUUAGUGGUACCAAAACAGGGGUUUUUGUUGGUAAGAUAAUAGUUAUGAUGCAGAAGAUUUUGUAUAUUUACAUUGCACACCAUAUAUCUGCUUCAGAGGGGGCCACACAACGAUUGGUAACACCACAUCUAUAUGGGCGUUUACACCUGACAAUUCCAAAUAAAAUGAUGUUGGAAGACCCUAGAUAAUUGCUUUGUCAGAAUUGACAAUAUUGGAUAAUAUUGUUAGGCCUUUAAAAUAUGUCUUUCCAAGUAAGCUCCUAAAUUCCUCUAUUCCCCAGCAAAGGAAAAGGCCACAAGUUUGGUAAUUUAAAAAUUGGUUUACUUACAAACUCAUCAAAUAUCAGCUUCAUGUGCUUUUCCAUACGUUCAUCAGAAAACAUUGCACAGGCAGGAAAUCUUAGCUUAGUUACAAAGUGGUAAAAGUUCCUAGAUUUAUUGGAAUAUGAACACAAGGGUGGCUGGUGAGAGUCAUAUGGCUGAGCUGGAGCAAGCAGCUCAAACCUCCUCACACACUGAGUUUCUCAAGUAGAUGGGACAAUAAGCCUGAUUACCUAUCUCAUCAAAAGGUUAGGGGAAGUGACAUAGCUAAGCUUGGCAGGAGAGCUCACUCUGUGCGAUACUCUUCCCGAUGCUUUUUAACAUCUUUAUGCGCCCCCUCGCCCAGCUUGUCCGGAGUUUUGGGCUGGGUUGCCAUCAGUAUGCCGAUGACACCCAACUCUAUCUGUUGAUGGAUGGCCAUCCUGACUCGGCCCCAGACACACUGACCAGAUGUUUGGAAGCUGUGGCUGGAUGGUUACGUGGAAGCCGGUUGAAGUUAAAUCCUUCGAAGACAGAGGUCCUCUGGCUGGGACGGGACGAUAUGGGAUUGGGGGCAACUCCCAUCUCUUGCGGGGUGCAAUUAGUGCCAGCACCGUCCGUUAAGAGUUUGGGUGUAAUCUUCGAUACCUCUCUAUGGAGGCGCAGAUUACAGCUAUAACAAAGGCGGCAUUUUUUCAUCUCCGCCAAGCUAAGCAGUUGGCCCCUUAUCUCUCUCGCCCUGACCUAGCCACUGUGAUCCACGCGACGGUCACCUCCAGACUGGAUUAUUGUAAUUCGCUCUACGUGGGGCUGCCCUUGAGACUGACCCAGAAACUCCAGCGGGUGCAGAAUGCCGCAGCGAGACUCCUUACGGGGUCUUCACUGCGAGAUCACAUUCAUCCGGUGCUAUACCAGCUGCACUGGCUCCCGGUGGAGUACAGGAUCGGGUUUAAGGUGCUGGUUUUAACCUUUAAAGCCCUAUACGGCCUAGGACCCUCGUACCUACGGGACCGCCUCUCCUGGUAUGCCCCACAGAGGAACCUACGGUCUGCAAAUAAAAACAUCCUGAAGGUCCCAGGCCUCAGAGAGGUUAGGCUGGCCUCAACUAGAGCCAGGGCUUUCUCGGCUGCGGCUCCAAUCUGGUGGAACGCUCUGUCACAAGAGACUAGGGCCCUGCGGGACCUGACAUCUUUCCGCAAGGCCUGCAAGACAGAGUUGUUCCACCAGGCCUUUGGUCAGGGCCCAACCUGACUUCCUCCUCUGGCAACCUGCACAGAACUUUGCUUAACGGUUGCCAUUAAUUUGAUUUUAAUUAAUUUCUAUAAUGAAAUGUUUUAGAAUGUUGGAUUAUUUGAUUGUUUGAUUAUUUGUUUGUUGUUAGCCGCCCUGAGCCUGGCUUUGGCUGGGGAGGGCGGGAUAGAAAUAAAAUUUAUUAUUAUUAUUAUUAUUAUUAUUAUUAUUAUUAUUAUUAUUAUUUUUAACCCCUUCAGGCACUAAUUAAACUUAAGCAUGUUGGUUGUGUGCGAGGCUGGUUAUCAUAUUUACUGUGAAGGGAAACUGAGAUGGGGAAACACAUGCUGCUUAAGUGCCUUAGAAGAAGCACAGAAUAAAAGUGAAAUAAUAAAUAAUUGUAGGAUAGGAGGUGAAGGAUAAAAACCAGUACUAGAUGUAGAUUUGAGUGUAAAUUGACCUUAAAAACAAAUGUUCUGUAUUUACAGGCCUGAUGAAUCGAGACUAUGAAUCUAUAACCAGCAGGGCAGUUGCUGAAAUAAACCAUUAUGAUGCCACAGGGGCAGCAAUGAGUACAGCUGCUCAUCGGAUUUCAUACAGUUUUAAUUUGACUGGACCAUCAAUUGCCAUUGAUACAGCUUGUUCAUCUUUUCUCUCUGCUUUGGACCUUGGUUACAAAGCCAUUAAACAAGGUAUUCUUGGUUACUAGGUUUCUUAUGUAUACCAUUAACCGUGAUUCCCAAACUCCGCCCCCCCCAUAGACUACAUGAAAACUGCUGAAGGUCUUAGUGGAUCACUAAAUGAUUUUUCUGUGUAUUCUAUCAACUGUAAUGCACUGUGCUAGGUGCUGCAUGGUUUUUAUUUGUACAGUGGAACCCCGGUUGUCAAACACUUCGAAAGUUGAACGUUGCGGCUUUCAAACGCUGACAACCCGGAAGUGAAUGCUUCCAUUUUUGAAUGCGCCUCAGAAGUCAAAUGGCUUCUGAGAUGCAUUUCUCAAUUUUUUCAGUGGAUUUUGCUGACUGGCAAUUGCGCCUCAGUUGUCGAACGUUUUGGAAGUCAAAUGGUCUUCCAGAACGGAUUAUGUUUGACAACCAACGUUCCACUGCUUAUGCCGUGCCUGAUCCAGGAGAGGCUAGUUUAAAACUUGGAGAUGAGAGACAAAGAUAUGCCCAACAAAGGACUUUGCAAGAGAAAGCACCAUGACGACACAGAUGGUAUCAACACCUCGUGGCUAUCUGAAUGAAAUAUCCGUUUUCCCCCUUUCAUGAUUUCAGCUCGUUUUGUUUUUCUGUACCUUUGAUAUAGGAGACUGUGAAUCUGCUAUCUGCGGAGGAGUAAAUUGCAUCAUAGAGCCUUGGAAGUUUGUAACUCUGAGUAAAGCAAACCUUUUAUCACCAGACGGAAUUAGUAAACCCUUCUCUAAACAUGCAGGUGGCUAUGGAAGAGGAGAAGGAUGUGGCGUUCUUUUAUUAAAGCCACUGGUAAAGGUAGGGUGUUUAUACUGAACUCUCAAUUUCCCAAAUGUCCCAGGGAUGUUCAUUGGGUCUAGUGUGCUUUGGAAAGGAGAACACCAGAGACUUGCUGUCUUUGUAAUAUUUGCUUUUUAAAAAAUAUGCCCAAGCAGAACCUAAGUGGAAGCAAACAGGCAUUCCUUCAAGGUAGCACUGAUGCUACUCUAUCUCAAAUCUCCAGAAACAGUUCCAGAAAGAUUCUCUGCCUAUGUCACUAAGCCUUCAAAAUGGCCAUCUACCUUUGGCUGCUGUUUCUUGGCAUGAUCCCCUGAACUAGAGGUUUUAACCUCUGAAUUCUGAUUGGUAUCUAAAUUAGAAGUUAUUGGAGAGAUUCCCAAUUAUCAUGAGACUCUCUUCUAAACAGAUACUAUUUAUUUAUUAUAUUUAUACCCUGUCUUUCUUCAAAUGAACUCAAGGUGGCAUACAUUGUGUCUACCCUGUUAUCCAAUGACUGAAAGAUGGUCAUUGAUCUAAAGCCACACGAUUAGAUUAAUGACUGAAAGCGGAUUUGAAACUUGAUCUUCCCAGUACUAGUCUGACAUUCUGAUUACACCAGACUGACCACUUAAUUUACUCACUAAUGAAGUAUUCCAAACUAUUAACCAGAAAACAGUCCAACAAGAAAUAGUUAGCCACAUAAUAAUUACAAAUUUCCCCAAUAUACCUCAAAAUAAAUGGCUGGAAUAACUUGCUGCUCUUGUAGUGUAAGUAAUGCUUAAGAGUAAUACCAUGGAGCAGGAAAAAAGUGAAUUCAGCAUAAAGUUGUAUAUCCUACUGCCCUGCAGUAGGUAGUUUGGGAUCAUGGACUUUGGUAAUUAUAUCACCAAAGCAACAUGUCACGGGAAGUUACAGAUGAGGAGAAGAUUCAGUGUUACUGAAAGGUCCAAACACUGCUCUCAAACAAAAUCGAUCAGUGCUGUCGCUCUUAAAACAAAUCUAAAUAUAAUCAUGCUGCAAUAGUUACUUAAUGUUUGAUAACAUCGUGUAUUCCUUUGUCCACAAAUAGGCACAGGAAGAAUUCAACAAAAUAUGGGGCAUCAUCAGCAUCACGGCAAUCAACCAGAAUGGAAGUUCUGUUGCUCCAGGCAUGCGAUCAUCUCAAGCAGCACAAGAGAAGUUGUUACUUAACAUUUAUCCAACAUAUAUUGAUCCUUCAGCUGUUCAGUAUAUUGAAACAAAUGGUCUAGGAAGCCCUACUGAAGAUGCCACUGAAGCAGAGAGCUUAGGCAACGUCAUUGGCAGAAAAAGGCCUCCAGAUUUGCCCCCUCUCAAGAUUGGCUCCGUGAAAGGGAACAUUGGGCACACAGAGUCAGCUGCUGGGGCAGCAGGCUUAAUCAAAGUUCUUCUCAUGAUGCACCAUGGGAAGAUAGUCCCAUCCUUGCACUUUUCAGAGAGCACCAGCAGCAUAAAUACAGAGAAACUGAAUCUCUCCAUCCCAACAACAGUGGAGAAGUGGGAGGAGUCCAGGGAUUUUGGCAGAGUUGCUGGGAUCAACUGUUUUGGAUUUGGUGGGACCAACGCCCAUGUGGUUGUCAAACAAUUUAAACAGGCCCAGGUUACCCUUCCAGCCAAAAGGCCUGUCGAAUUAUUUGUCAUUUCGGCAGCUUUAAGAAGUUCUCUCAAACAGGCGAUAGAAGACACAGCUAGGUACCUUAAUACCAGUGAGUCAGCGACACUCCCAAAUCUGGCCUACACAUCUGCUUGUAGAAGAAGUCACAUAAACCACAAAUACAGAAAAGCGUUUGUGGCAUCCUCUCUCCAGCACUUACAGCAACAGCUUAAUUCAACUGAAAUGGAAACUGUGUCACGGAAAAAAGCUGCAGAAUUGAUCUUUGUGUUCUCCGGUAAUGGCUUGAAUUUCAAAGGGAUAUGUAGAAUCCUGCUGAAAUCUGAGCCCGUCUUCAGAGACAAAUGUAUUGAAAUCAAGCAAUUAUUUCAACAGCUUUCACCCACUGGAAUUUUGAAUUUAACAGAAAGUGAGCACAAUGAUUUGCCCAGGCCUGAAGUUGCCCAGCCCUUACUCUUUACUCUGCAGGUGGCCUUGGUUACACUCCUGCAACACUGGGGCGUUAAGCCAAUUGGUGCUGUUGGCUAUUCAGUUGGCGAAGUAGCUGCUGCCCAUUGUGCUGGCUUGAUUUCCCUGGAAGAUGCUGUGAAAGUCAUCUACCACAGAAGCAGGCUACAGGCUAAAGUCACUGGAGGCAGAAUGCUGGUGGUUGACAACAUUCCCAUUGCAGAAGUGUCAGCAGCCCUUGGAGCAUAUUCAGGGAAAGUCUGCGUUGCAGCGUUUAACAGUCCUUUGUCUUGCACCUUAUCAGGAGAUGAAGCAUCUAUCCACGCCAUUCAGAAAGAUUUAGCUGAGCACUUCAGUAAAAGAAACAUAUUUCUUCAUACUUUAGAUGGGCCAGCUGCAUAUCACAGCCACAUGAUAGAACCGGUACUAACAGAACUCUCAGAAAGCCUAUCAGAAUUAAAGAAAAGGAAGCCAGAGACUGAGCUAAUUUCGACAGCAACAGGGAAGGCAGUUUCAGAUGGCGAUUUUGUUACAGGCACCUACUGGGCCAGACAGGUUCGGGAUCCUGUUUCUUUUGCAGAGGCCAUAAUGACAUCAGUAAGAGGCAAGGACAACAUUGCAUUUGUGGAAAUAGGUCCUCAAAGAGCUUUGCAGAGAUACAUCGUUGAAACAUUAGGGACGCAAACCAGAGUUUUUCAUUCUUUGCAAACGGAUAGGGAAUAUGUGACUCUUCUUAAUCUAGUGAAAGAUCUUUUUGAAUUGGGAUUGAAUGUGAAUUGGCAGCAUUUUUAUGAAGGUUAUCGAAGUGUACCAUCAGCUUAUCCCAGGUAUCACUUUGAUCAUCAGAAACUCAUGCUGCAUCAGAAAGCAAACAGCAGAGGUGUAAGCUCAAACCAUUCUUUAAUUUGCAGUACAAAUAAGGAUAACUCAGAAUUCAUUUGUUCUAUCUCUGAGGCUCUGAAACCACAUUUAUAUGAGCACAAGAACUACUGUGCUGCAUUAAUUCCUGUAGCUGUUUUGGUGGAACUUGCUCUGGCAGCUGUGAUGACGAGCUCAAGGCCAAAAGUACCCUUAAGUUAUUGUCAAAUGAAUAUAUUUUUCCCUGCACCAUGUGUUUUAAAUGAAAAUCUCCAUGCUUUGAAGAUAAAGGUUGAGCCACAACAAACAGUGUCAAAGUUCAGAAUACAAUCAGGUUCAGCUCAUACAGUUUAUGCUUCGGGACAAGUCAGAAAGAAUCCUGAAACAUCAAUUGAAGAAAAGAAUAUUUCCUUAAAAGACAUUUUUCAGAGGUGUAGAUCUGCUGUUAGCGAAGAUGAGGUUUAUGAAACAUUGGCUCAGUCUGGAUCCAACUAUGAUGCUACUUUCAGGCAGCUAAGUAAUGUAUUUUAUUGUGAAGACUUGAAAGAAGCUGUGACAACUGUUACAGUGAAGAGAAAAACAGUAGAAGAAAUGUACGAGUAUUAUAUCCAUCCAGUCCUUUUAGAUUGUUUUCUGCAAAUGGUAGGUAUUCUGGCUGCAGUUACGUCCAAUAACAAAGUAGUUCUACCUUCUGGUAUAAGUAGUCUUGCAGUUGCUCGAUCAUUGGAAGAGGAAAUGAUUAUAUAUUUAAAAACAACCAAGUCCACUGACAAUUUCUUAGAGUUUUGUGGAUGCUUCACAGAUAAACAAGGCUCCGUUCUGGUAGAACUGAGAUGUGUUCAAAUUAAUUUGGUGCAGGAAAUUCCCAGGAAAGAAAAUGAAUUGUUGUUUGAAAAUCAGUGGAAGGAAAUAACUUCUGAUCAAGCAAUGCAUAAUCUGCCCAAAGCACCUCGAGUUGUGGUGUUUGCUGACAAAUUUGGAAUAUUGCAGCAGCUCAAGAAUUACUUACAUAGCGAGUCUAGAUUUGUUGCGUAUCAGGAAUGGGAGAAAUUGUUGGCAGCUAAGAGAACAGAUACCUAUGCACAAAGUAAGAUUAAUAUGGAACUGCAGGGAUAUGAUGAUGUUCUGUUUAUGUGGGGCAUCCAAAAACUGAAUGAAAAUUUGCCAGAGAAAGUGGUGAAACAUUCAGUAAGAUGCUGUGAGGCAUUUCGCCAAGUUGUUAUUGCAUUAAAGGAGAAGAAGUCCCAUUGCUCCAUUACAGUAAUCACUUACAGGACAUCAGAAAGGAAAGUAGACCAUAUAAACACUGGCUUUGGUUUGUACGGCAUGGCUCGAACAUGUAUGGUUGAAGUCCCGGAAAUAACGUUUCAGAUUAUUGACAUCAGCUCUACAAAUGCAAUAGAUAUCUCGGCCUUAGCUGAUGUUUUAGUAAAAUAUAAAGCACAGGAUUAUCCAGAAGUCUGGAUUGAUGAGGGACGAAUUUAUAGUUCUGAAAUUAGGCGCACACAGAUUGAACCCGCAGCCUUCAAUACACCUUCCCACCCACUUCAGAACUCAGACUUCUGCAUUUUGUAUACAGGAGAUCCAUACUGUAUGAAUGAUCUGUCAGUUAAAGUUGCCAAUUCACGUACUCAACUUGGCAACCACAGUGUUGAAGUUCAACUUGAAAAAAUAAGCAUCCACUCAGAAGACUAUUUCCCUGUUAGCAUGUCCAGCUGCAAGUUUGGGAAAACGUUGUAUUGGAAUUCAGAUACUAUAGAUAAACACAAGCUAUUAGCUCUAGACUUUACUGGCACUGUAACAGCAACAGGUAGUGAGGUGAAAAAGGUAAAAGUGGGAGAUCAUAUUGCUUCAUGUUAUCCGGUUUCUGCAGCGUCAAGAAUUAAUAUUCCAGAAACAGUUUGUUUCAGUACUCAAAAAUUUCCAUGUUUCAGAAAUAUACCAUGCACUUCGUUCUUCUGGGUAGCAAGGGAGAUUUUUCAUCAAACGCUGCCAGUGCCAAAACAUAAUGAAGUAUUAGGUAUUGUUUGCACUGAGCCUGAGUCAGUUUUGUGCAAAGUGCUUACUUUUUCAGCUCAGGAAUUAGGUUGGAAAAUAAUAGUUACAAACCAUACAACUGGUCUAUGGCAACGUGUUAAUCAGUGCAAUGCCCUUAUUUUUCUACCUCCACUAAAUGGACUAUUUAAAGAGGGCCUAAGCUGUCUUUUCCAUCUCCGAGAUGUUGUACUGGUUUAUGGCAAUGAGCAACCAGAAUGUUUGAGGUAUCUGGCUGGGAGUGAUCAUGAAAAUAUCCAUAUUCACACUGUCAGUCUUAUCCGCAUUUUCCAGAAAGCUUAUCUGAUACGAUCUCAGAAGGAGAUGUAUUGUUGGCUGAAGUCAAUGAAUAUGAAACAAUUAAAAGAUAUCCCAUAUUUCAUUUUUCAGCAAGCAGGAAAGCAUCUGAGGCCUGAUGCUGCAUCCUAUUUCAACUGCAAGAAUUUCCCAGUUGCAGUACUAAAAAGUGAUGAGGAAGACAGCAAGAUAUCAGACAUACCAGAGACUGAAACAGACAGGAGAAUGUUUAAGCAGAAUGCAGUUUAUAUAGUCACAGAUGAAUUCACUAGGCUUGGCUUAGAAACUGUAAAAUUUGUAGCUCAGAAUGGAGGCAGGUGCAUCGUGCUACUUUCACAGAGGAAUCCAAGCACUGAGGAGCAAAAAGAAAUAAAUGCUCUCCAGGAUCACUGUGAAGGGAGCAGAAUAGUCAGCUUGCAGUCUAACAUUGUUUGCAGUUCAGAGGUUGAGAAAGCUAUCAAGUCAAUCAGUAAAUUUUUCCCAAACUCUCCUGUUAAAGGUGUAUUCCACAGUGCUAUGGCUUUACAUGAUGGGCUUCUUGAAACCCUCAACAUGUCUAACUUUGAGGAAGUUUUAAAUCCAAAGGUAGCAGGGGUAAUCAAUCUUCAUCGUGCCACGCAAGGCAGGGAGCUUGACCACUUUGUAUGUUAUUCUUCUAUUUCAUCGUUUCUUGGAAACGCAACACAGUCAAACUACGCAGCUGCCAAUUCCUUCCUGGAUCUCUUCUGUCAUUACAGAAGAAACAGUGGCCUUCCAGCGCAGUCCAUUAACUGGGGUGCUUUAAAUCUCGGAGCCUUGCAAGAUCAACAACACUAUCAAAAUUAUAGGUUACAAACGAAAGGAAUAGAGGAUCUGCAAGUGAACGAGAUUCAUGAAUAUCUAAAAAGAAGCUUAAUUCUGGAUAAACCUCAGCAAGCUGUGUUAAAAUUGAAUUUUCAAACUUUAGCUGAUCAUGUUUUAUCUCAAAAUUUGUCGCUGAAGAGUCGUUUUUAUGAACUUGUUUCUGAAGAAACAGGUAGUAAUCCUGAGCUUGCUGGUGAAGCUGGAUUCAAAAACUACUCUCUAAAUGAGCCUGUAGAUUAUGCAAUCGCACUUUUGAAAAGCCUGGCUAAAACAAUCCCUGUUGAUCUUUCAAUGCAUACGCCACUUUCAUCAUUGGGUGUAGACUCUACAUUAGCCUUUGUUCUACAGAAUCGUAUCUUUACGGAAAGGAGAGUGGAAAUACCUCUCACGAAACUACUUGAUCCUCAGUCCACUGUGUCAACUUUAAUCUUAUACUUGAAAGAAAAUUCUGACACAACCGAUUCUCAUGGAGCUGAAGGUACUGAUGUUGGAAGCUGGUUGUAG